UAGCGCGCGCUGAAAGAGGGAGGGAGAUAUUCCGGUCGGUGUUCGUCGCUCUUCGAGGCCUUCCAGAUUUAGCUCGCACCCCGCGGUCCGGGGCAUCGAUCCGGUCGAGGCCCCGGAUGGCAAGAAUCUCGUUCAACCGGUCUUCGUCCGAGGGUCGCCAUGAUGUAUAAGAAGCGAUGAAGCAGAACGGACGAAGGGUACAGGGAGCACCUCUAUCUGCUCGGAAAGACACAGAUAGCUCUCGGCCAUCCAGCAAUCAACAUGCAGCUGAAAACCCUUACCGCCAUCCUGCCUUUGUUGGCUACAGCCUCGGCGUUCCCUUCACUCGUCUCAAGGGAGAACGACUCCACACCAUCGAACAAGAGCAAGACUUGUGUCGUUCCUGCGGGAGGAUCCAAUGCAACCGAUGAUACGCCUGCUAUCAACAAGGCUUUUAUGGAUUGCGCCAAAGAUGGGACGGUCGUAUUUGAAGAGGGUGUCGAUUACUUCGUCAUGACUCCCUUCCGGGCGACCAACCUUUCAAACGUCGAUAUACACCUCAAGGGGAACAUUCACCUGCCGCAAGAUAUCCCCACUGUACAGGCUAUCGUCAACGCUACGGGAACAGCUUGGUUGUCCGGAGUCUGGAUGUCCUUGCAGGGAGAUGAUGUCUCGUGGUAUGGUAGCAAGAACGUCUCGUCCGGGUGGAUUUACGCUUAUGGACAAGCUUGGUGGGACAAAAACGCUGAGAACCCAACUGGGACUGGACUUCUGGGUCGGCCUCAUCUAGCCAACUUUGAGUUGAACAAUGCUUAUAUCGAUGGAUGGAAAGUUAGGAAGCCGAUCGCUUGGAAUAUGGCCAUCAGCGGGACCAAUUUUACGAUCAAGAAGACUAUCAUCGAUGCGUUUACUAGCGGAGGGUUUCCCUUCAAUACCGAUGGGUUCGAUAUCAUGGCGGACGGCGUUGUGAUCGACGGGUUCACCGUCUCGAACGGUGACGAUGCAGUGGCCAUCCAGAGCGGCGCUGCCAACGUGCUCGUACAGAACGGAUACAUCGGACAUCACUCGCACGGGAUGAGUAUCGGGUCUCUGGGUCAAAAUCAAGGGUUGUUCGCUAGCGUCUCGAACGUCACCAUUCGGGAUAUUACGGUCGAUGGGGCGGUCUAUGCUAGUCGGAUCAAGUCUUGGGUCGGAGGGCAGGGGUUGGUAUCGAAUGUUACCUAUGAGAACUUUAGGCUCAACAAUGUGACAUUCCCGAUCUUUGUCACCCAGACAUACUUCAACCAGGGAUCCCAGCAGUCUCAGAUCGAGAACGGAGCGGUAACAGGCAGGCCGAACAACUCGAGCGUGAUCCUCAAGGACAUCUCGUUCCGAAACUUCGCUGGUAACAUCAACUAUUACGAUCCUGGCGACCGAUCUUGCGUCUCGGACCCUUGCUGGUACGACGCCUCCAUCUCCGACCGAGAGAACCCGGGAACACACUCGGUCGUGCUCGAAUGCAGUAAUUCGACCACCUGCAGCGGAUUCACGAUGGAGAACAUUCAGGUGUUCCCCCAGCCGGUCCUGGAGCCGAACGUCAUCUGCAUCAACGUCGGCGAAGAGUCGAACCCGGACCUCGGAUUCAGAUGUCCCGGGGGGAAUUACAACGGUACCUUUGUGGCCGUCUAGAUAGCCUGGGCAUGAGUCAAGCGCAUCAGAGAACGGAAUCAUAACGAGGAUGUGAGGAAUUCCAUGAAAGUUACAACGCA